GCUUCGUUCCGCCUUGCAUGCUGAACUGAAGGAGGAGUUCUGGCCUUGCGUGUCAACAUCAGCUUCCUGAGCUCUGCUUCAAACGUAGCUGGACAAAAUGCUGGUCCUUGUGUUAGGCGACCUGCACAUUCCCCAUCGAUGCAACACCCUACCUGCCAAAUUCAAGAAGUUACUGGUGCCUGGCAAGAUUCAGCACAUCCUCUGCACAGGCAACCUCUGUACAAAGGAGACCUAUGACUACCUGAAAACAUUAGCUGGAGACGUGCACAUUGUCAGAGGAGACUUUGAUGAGAACUUGAAUUACCCAGAGCAGAAGGUGGUGACAGUGGGGCAGUUUAAGAUCGGUCUGAUUCAUGGCCACCAGGUGAUCCCCUGGGGUGACAUGGCCAGCUUGGGACUGCUUCAAAGGCAGCUGGAUGUGGAUAUCCUGAUCUCUGGACACACGCACAAGUUUGAGGCCUUCGAGAAUGAGAACAAAUUUUAUAUUAACCCAGGAUCAGCCACAGGGGCCUAUAGCGCAUUGGAAAGCAACAUUACACCAUCGUUUGUUUUGAUGGACAUUCAAGCCUCCACAGUUGUAACAUAUGUCUACCAGCUCAUUGGAGACGACGUCAAAGUCGAGAGAAUCGAAUACAAAAAGUCUUAAAAACGUUGAUGGCUUUGGCUCCCUUCUUUCAGGAUGUUAAUCUUGUCAUUCCCUCUCACAUGAACAUCACCAUCGUGCGAAUGGUGUAUCAUACGCUAUUUUAAUGUAAUAUACUGUUUAUAUGUCAUCAGAAUGUCAUUGUUUUUUGAGUUUGUAGAUUCAGCAGAUGGUCAUUGAGAAAGCAAUAAUGUUGUAUUAUUUGCAAAAUGUCUGAGAGAAAUAGUCUGUUAAUAUAUAUGUGUGCCCUAAUUAAUUUUUCAAGGCCAUAAGACAUUUAAAAUUAUGUUUCAUACAAUAAAAACACCACAUCACAUGAAAAGUGUAAUCUUAUUUUAUUUUUUAAAGAGACCAUACCACACCACACUUAACACAUUUGGCAUUAAAAUGUAUGGAUCAGCCUUUCACUUAGAACUGCAUUAUAAUUCUUAGGUGUGUGUGAAUUUUCAUCAAUUUGUAAAGCAUAUAUCAAACGUAUUUUAGAUAGGGAAUAGGAAGUCCUCUUCCUCGAAUCAUUGAAAGCCAGGCCGCUCAUUUGUCCAGAGAGAUAAGUAUCCACAUCAGUCACUUCCCAUUCCAUGUCAACAUCCGAUAGGUGUGAUCCUGAAAAUUUCAGUUAAUUUUGGAGAAUGUUAAAUACAGCUAUAUGCUUUAAACCGGCUUAAAACAGUAAUUAGAAACCUGAAGUGUUCAUAAUAUCAGGAUCAUUAAGAAAGAUACCCAAGUACAUUUGCAAUGGUCUGUAAUGCUGCAUACUUACCCUGUAAAGGGGCAUGUUUUGCCAAAGUAGUCUUACUUUUCAUUCUUCUUGUUCUUGAUUGUACUGUAAUCGAUUUUUGCAAUCUCAUAGACACUCUAUGUAGUAAAUAUAAGGAUCACAAUUAAUUAUUUUCACAAUUACUCGCAUAUUGUACAAAAGUUUACCCUGUGUUUAUUUUCCCACCUUUGAUGAUCGAUGAUUUUUGGGAAAGUUGUUUUCUUGACUUUUUCUGCAGUCAAAUAUCUCUUUCCACUUUCUUUUGUCUUGCAAGUUGUAGUUUGAGGGUUUGUGAUGUAUUCCACUUCUGGGGCGUAUAUUGACCUCGGCUGUUUCACAUUUACUUUCAAGUCUGUCAUAAAAUAGUAAGUUAGUGUACAUUAAAUAUUUCAUUAUAAUAAAUUGUAUUACAGAGCCAAAAAAUAAAUUCCCUCAAGUGUUAUUGUGUACCUGUCCUGAUACACCGGUGUAAUACAUUCAUGUAAUGUUGACAUAUUAGCUGCCGCAUUUGAUCCGUGCUGUAGGCCUCUGCAAUACUGUACAGAAAGCGCUUCUGUCCUGGUGUCAAGCCUGGAUGCUGAAAACAAGAGAGUUUAUUUGGUAGCUGUUUUUCAGUGUUUAUCCUACCAUAUUUUAGUAACAGAUACAAAUCAUUGUAAAUGUGACAUAAUCAUUGCAAACAGUGGGGUUCAAAAGUCUGAGACGUUAGUGAAAGUGCUUCUAUUUAUUUAUUUAUUUUUAAAUUUUUGAUUUACAUAUUAUCAGCUACACUGAAAACCCUAAUAAGUUCAUUGCACUCAUUUGAGUAAACUUGUUCCCUCAAUUCCAUUGAGUAGUAUAAUGGGGUCUCACAAAACUUGAGUAUUUAAGUUCAAUUAACUGGUUUUCAAGUAGAGUGAACUUAAAUAUUUAAGUUGAGUUAACUACAUGCAAGUAGACUUAACUCAGAUUUUAAUUUAAAUAUGGUUGUUUAUACUGUUGUACAUUUUAAUUGAAUUGAUUCAAUUUUAGAUCAAACAACAGGACAGCUCAAAUAAAUAUGAUAACUGUCUAGGUCAGUUAUUAAAUCAUUCUUUACAGAAAUGCAUAUAUGCACUUCAGCUGCACAUGCACAAAGAGAACUGAGAUGGUGUGACCUGGAUCCAACUUGACCAAAGAAACACAGAUCACCCUAAGUGUGACAUUACAUCAAACAACUAUUAGUAACAAAGCAUAAAUAAUACAACAAAAGAGCUUAAAUAUCUAUGAAUUCUUAACAAUUAUUUAAAUUCUCCAAUCUGUUCCCUCUGACCAAGGAAACAUAAUUAAAUCAGCAAGGGAUUGUGGGUAUUCCCUGUAGCCUCAAUUUUGUACUCCAUAGUUUGAGUUAUUAACUCCUCAAGAAAAAUAAGUUCAGUGAACUUAAAUAUUUGAGUUAUGAGUCAAAAACAUUACAUUUUAAGUAAUAAUUAAGACAACUUGAUUUUUACAGUAAUGACAACUUAAAAUGGAGAGCUGAAAAAUAAACAAAAUAUCAGAAUUUGUUUUCUUUCAUGACAGUCUGCACUCGACUUGGCAUGAACAAGUGUGUGCAAAACCUGAUUAUCUAUGUUACCCCACCAUGAUUUGAAAAUGUUCCAAAGUGCUUCAAUAAAAGAUAAUCUGUUUUUAAAAAUUAGCAUUCGAUUAGUGUCCCAGAAAUCUUACAUAUUACUUUUGUGUCAUAAAGUAACUAACUUUAUUUCUACAUUCUCAGACUUUUGGACCCCACUGUAUAUUUUUCAUGAGCUACCUGUAAAAAUGGAGCAGCAGUCAUGGUCUUCGGGAUCUGAAUAGUUCUCAUGUCACGAUUCUGUUCUGCCACUUUAACAGUUGCUUUCUGCAUUCCAUGUCCAAAUUUUGGGUUUGUUUUGUCUAAAUAAAGAGAGAAGCGAAAUACUUAAUUUGAAUAUUCAGUUACAUUUUACACUGAGUGUCCUUAAUUGUUAUACAGUAAUAGCCUAGUAACAACCAGAUAGUGGUUUCUACAUGACAUACAUUACAGUUUGGUUGAAAUUAUUGGCUAUGCAUAGUGAAUACUCCACAAUGGAACAACAUGAUGUUACGCUGUAGUUACACAUCCAUUAAUUAAAUAUUGUACAGUUCAAAUUAUGAGAUAGUGUUAGAGUCAUUUGUCAUUGCUUUCUUGGGAACACCUAUUUGGUCUUUGAUUUAUCUCUGUGGGGUCAGAGACUCUGGUUAUUCUGUCCAAAUUAUUCAGGUGU